AUGGAGGGCGAGCCCAAGUGCACUCCCCAGGGCAGCGCGGGGGAGGAAGCCAAAUAUGGAAAGAGAUUCGUGGCUGAGAACUGCGGAGUCUACAUGAAUAAAAUGAAAAACGCAGGAGUUGUGUGUAACAGAAUAACGGAAUUAAAUAUCAACUCACGAAAACAAAUUUCUAUCGUAAAGAGUGACAGCUCACAAAUGAAAGAUAUCCUAUCACAUGGACACGACAAAAUAAUUGAAAUGCACCCAGCCAAGAGACCACUCACCUCCUACUCCACAUAUGAAAACCAAAGUAAGUACUUCGAAACCAAGUUAGUCCCAGACUUACAAGGAAAAAUGAGCAUAUGUGUAGGGAGAAAAAGCGGAAGUGCUACAGUCAAUAUCGAUAUUGAUGAAUAUGAUUUGGGUAAAACAUACAACACGUGGAAAAGAAUUUUUGAUAAAUCUUCUCUCCAAAAUAAAUCCAAUUUAGUGAACAAUCUUUUUCUGACUGUACAUGAGGAAGCUGAUAGAAGUGAUAAGCUUCCUGUCGUUAAGAAUCGGAACCCUCCAUAUGCCAAUCCUGAUGGACCAUUCGAAAAGGAACGAUUGGAUUUACCCAAACAGGCGAGAGACAAUCUGGACAGAACCCUGACUCCGCUUGAUU